AUCAGUACUACCCAGUCCCUCAACGAUGGCGAUACCAUGGUUUCAGGUGGUGGAACCUUUGCACUAGGAUUCUUCAAUAGCUAAGACAAUCCCAUGAAACGUUAUCUUGGAAUAUGGUACAAUGAAGUAGUACCUAUGACGGUAGUAUGGGUUGCCAAGAGAAACAAUCCCCUCAAUGACUCAUCAGGGCUCUUGAAGAUCACUGAUAAAGGAUUGCUUGUGCUUCUCAACAAUAACAAUAGCAUCUUUUGGUCGUCCAACUCAUCAUCAAAUUUGACACAACAACCAGUUGCAUUGCUUUGGGAUUCAGGGAACCUCAUUGUGAACACCAAUAACAAGGAGUCAGAAUAUAUUCUUUGGCAUUGUUUUGAUUACCCUUUUGACACGCUAUUGCCAGGGAUGAUGCUGGGGACCGAUCUAACUACAGGCCUAAAUAGGAACCUCACAUCAAGGAGUAGCCCUGAUGAUCCUUCUAAUAUUAGAGUGCUGAGUGAUCCACAGCAAGAUCUUUAUGUCAGAAUGUCCAAGAAGCAUUCAGAUGAAGAUAACAAGUUAAAACGUCGAUCCAAUAUCCGGAAGCUGUGGAUUAUGGUCUCCUGCUCAGUCUUAUUUGUAGGAAUUUUAAUCCUGUCUGGAUCAUUCAUCGUUUGUAGAAGAAGGAUGUACCUGUUACACGGAAACCUGAGAAGCAAUUCAGAAGAGCAUGAGGAAGAAGAACUAGAGCUACCCUUGUUUGAUAGGGCUACAUUUAAUUUUGCAACUAACAGAUUUUCCACCGAUAACAUAUUAGGAACAGGUGGUUUUGGUUCUGUUUAUAAGGUAUUGAUCAAGGGCAUACUGGAAAGUGGAAAAGAAAUAGCUGUUAAGAGGCUCCGAGAAAAUUCUAGGCAAGGACUUAAAAGAGUUUAAAACCGAAGUCAUGCACAUAGCAAAACUUCAGCACAGGAAUUUGGCGAAGCUUCUAGGAUGUUGCAUUCAAGUGAAAGAAAGGAUGCUGGUCUAUGAGUUUAUGCCAGAUAAAAGCUUGGACCACUUCAUAUUUGGUUUGAUUCCACUUGAACAUUAAUUCUAGUUCUUUUUCAUUCUCUAGUUUGGAUAAUUAGAUUUUCUUCCCAUCAGAAUAUGUAGUUAAAGUGACAAGUUUAAAGUCUUUAAUUAUAUCAUAGUGAACUUAAAUUUUCAUAAUAUGGCUAAUCAUUAAUCGCUUUUUUCCACAUAAGCUUUUGAAGCUCAUAAGAAUAUCAGUACAACUUAUUUAUCUUCUAAAGCAGAUGGUGACAAAGGCAUAUUACUAGACUGGCCUAAGCGUUUUCUCAUUAUAAAUGGUAUUGCACUGGGCCUUCUAUAUCUUCAUCAAGACUCGAGGCAUAGAGUAAUACAUAGAGAUCUCAAGGCUGGAAAUAUUUUGUUAGAUAUUGAAAUAAAUCCAAAAAUCUCAUACUUUGGCCUGGCAAGAAGCAUCCUAGGAAACAAAAAUGAAGCAACCACAAAUCAUGUUGUUGGAACUUAGUAAGUUCUUAUGGUUGAUUAAUUGAUAUGUUGCAUGUAUACAGUAUGAUAUUUUCCUCGUUCUGUAAUUGAAUAUUGAUGAUAUGUCCAGUGGCUAUAUGGCACCAGAGUACAUAAUUGAUGGACUAUUCUCAACAAAAUCCGAUAUCUAUAGCUUUGGUGUGUUAGUGUUGGAAAUAGUUAGUGGAAAGAGCAAUAGAGCAUUCAACCAUAGAUAUCACCACUUUAGUCUUCUCGGGCAUGUAAUCUUAAUUUUCAUUGUCCUUGCUAUUUAUUUAAUUAUUUUUAUCAGUACUAAAUAACUAGACACAUAAAUACAGGCAUCGACAUUUUUCAUAGAAGACAAGUCCUUAGAUAUAGUUGAUGCAUCUAUCAGAGACUCAAUUAAUUUACCAGAAGUCAUGAGAUCGAUUCAUGUGGGUCUGUUAUGCGUGCAACAAAGUCUAGAGGAUCGGCCAAACAUGUCAUACGUGCUUAAGGUGCUGAGUAGUGAAUGGGAAUUGCCUCAACCGAAAAAGCUUGGAUUCUUCACUCAGAGAGAUUUGGUUGGUGGCAGUUCUUCGUCAAGCAGCAGCAACAACAAAGUAUUGUCAAUUAAUAAACUCUCGGUUAGUGAGGUUGAUCCACGGUAGUUGUGAUUUUGGAAUCAGUUUCCCAUUUUUAUACAACAAAUACUUUAAAUUAAA